CUUCAAAGUCCGGCAGUCAAGUUUUUUGCCAUGAACAUGACUAGUCUUAACUUCGAUGAACAGGACGAUGCACCUCCAACUCAUUACAUGAUCAAAAUACAGUCGCUUUCAUUGCUAUCCGUACAUUCACUGGAGAAAUAUGAAUCAGGGGUGUUUGAAGCUGGAGGAUACAAAUGGAAAUUGGUUUUCUAUCCAAAUGGAAACAAGAGCAGGAAUGUGAAAGAGCACAUCUCUCUCUACUUAGUAUUGGCUGGAGCAAAUGGCCCCCAGACUUGUUGGGAAGUGCAUGCUGCUUUCAGGUUGUUUUUGCUGGACCAGAAUACUGGCAAGUACUUGGCUCUUCAAGAAAAAAAUGAAAGGCGCUUCCAUGGGAUGAAGCUUGACUGGGGAUUUGAUCAAUUCCUCUCUCUCAAAGCUUUUACUGACACUUCCAAUGGAUAUGUCAUGGAAGAUGCCUGCGUGUUUGGAGCGGAGGUCUUCGUUCGUAAAGAAAAAAGCAUAUGCAAAGGAGAGUGUCUAUCAAUGAUCAAGGAUGCCGUUAUGUACAAGCAUGUUUGGAAAAUUGACAAAUUCUCAAAGUUAAACGCGGAGAGCAAUGACUCACAAACAUUCAUUGUUGGAGACCAAAAAUGGUGCAUAAGCCUCCUCAUUGAUUAAUAUGUCCUUCCUUACAGGCUUUUUAUUUCCUCCUUAUCUCUCUCUCUCUCUCUUGCAAAUUUUACUCACAUGAAGUUGGUAAAGAAUCAGUUAAAGUGCUAGAGAAAGUUUACCAACCAAAACCCAAAAAAAACCAAGACAAAGGAGAUGUGUUGAUUAAAUUAUGUGCCCAAAAGCAGUAAAGUUUGCAGAUGAAAACUAAACUUGCUGCAGAAGUUAUUAAGUGCAGGUAAUCUUAUCUAAAAAUGUUUGUUGCUUGUUGCAGGAAGAUACAACUGUAUCCGAAGGGAAGACACGGUGGGACGGGUAGCCAUCUCUCUCUUUAUUUGGCAUUGGCUAAUCCGACAUCUCUGCCUCCUACCUCUAAAAUAUAUGCACAGUAUACCCUGCGCAUCGUAAAUCAACUGAACAGCAGCUAUCCCUAUGAAUCUAGUAAAUGUAAAAAAAUUGGCCUAGUUCUAUCCAUCACCAUCCCCUACACAUUGAGGAGGUUUUCUUUGUUAGGAUCGGUUAGUGCUAGAAUGAAAUUGCAGAAAAAUAAAGAACACCAGAAAUUAACGUGGUUCGGCAAUGCCUACGUCCACGGGGCAGCAAUAU